AUGGCUGGUUCUAGCGCAGCGUUAUACAGGAAGAAGACUUUCAUUUAUGUGCCUCCAUCACCGCCGGCUGAACUUAUCCAAUCUACAUCUUACACACUCGACUUUGCAGCUCGUAAGUUUGUUCAAAUCGGCGUUGACCCAACAGAAAAAUUUAAAGUCAUCGUACAUUUGUUAACUUCGUCGCGUUACGUGUAUAUUACCCCAGAUUUUUUAAAAAAAUUUUUCUCGUUUAUGGGGAGUAUUUUAUCCUUUAUACUUGACACUCCACAAAGGUAUAAGCGAGUGGUAUUUUUCGAAGACGAAAUGAUUAAAUUAUCGAGUAUGGUAUACAACGAAGAAAAUAUGUUGGUGAUAGAAGCAAAAAAACAACAAGGAUAUAGAGUAUUGCUGAAUCGAGCGGACCUUAUUCGCCUUCAAUAUCUGGAGCGUUGUAUUAUUGAGAGUAUUAGUCGGAAAGAAAUAUUCACCAUACCGAUAAUUCUAAAACAAUAUGAUGCGAUUGUUAAUUUUCUGUACGCGAAAUGUUCGCUCGAAAAACAGCCACCGAAAAAUGUCGAUGAGAUGAGAAUGUUUGUUAAUAAAAACACGCAUUAUAGUAGCGAAAUAGUCGAAACUUGUCCAGACUUAACCGAUCAAAUACAAAUGUGUGCAGCUAAACAAAUAUCAGAAUCUAUUCUAAAUCGGAUGGCGCAAGACUCGCAAGAGCCGCUGGAUCAUAUUGACGACUCCCAGGUACCAGACGAGAUUCGUAGCCCACAGUUGUGUGACGUGAACGAUGGGUCAGAUUUUUUCAAUCAAUUCAGGGAACUGUCUCUAUUCAUUACGUCACCCCCUCCUCAACCGACAUUUGCCGAACACCCAACACCAGUACGCAAUGUUAAGCGACAACUAUUUUAA